UUUCACCAAGGCUUAUUACAUCGCCAUUUUCUUUGAACUUGCCUUACUAACAAAUUAAACAUUGCUUCAUGAUUGUGCAGAUCCUGUUAUAUUGUCAUUUGUAGUAGUGUGCCCUACAUGAUUUAAAUGGAAAAACCAACCAUCCCCUUUCAAGGUAUAGCUACAGAUUUUAAGGGGAGAUUAAGAUUCUAUAGGCAUGAUUGGCUUGGUGGAGCUACUAUCAAGAUAUUGGCUCCAACAAUUUGUAUAUUUUUCGCUUCUGCUCUUCCUGUUAUUGCUUUUGGAGAGCAAUUAAGUAAGGAUACAGAUGGGAGUUUGAGUACAGUCGAAACGCUUUGUUCUACAGCAAUAUGUGGAAUCAUUCACUCGAUAAUUGGUGGGCAGCCAUUACUGAUUUUAGGUGUAGCUGAACCAACAAUAAUUAUGUAUAGUUACUUGUACAAUAUAUCCAGAAACAGUGAACAACUGGGAAAGGACUUAUUCUUAGCCUGGACAGCAUGGGUAUGCCUUUGGACAGCAAUGUUCUUGUUUCUGCUAGCUAUAUUCAAUGCGUCUAAUCUUAUCAGUAGAUUUACGAGGUUAGCUGGGGAGCUCUUUGGGAUGUUAAUUUCUGUUCUCUUUAUGCAAGCUGCUAUUAAGGGAGUGAUUGAUGAAUUUUGUGCUCCACAUCCGGAACAAAAUGGUGAACAGAGUGAUGAUUUCCAGAUAUUUUACAUAAACGGUCUGCUUGCUGUUGUGUUUUCCUUUGGAGUACUCUUCACUUCUGUUAAAAGCGUUACGGCAAGAUCUUGGCAAUAUGGCACUGGAUGGUUUCGGAGUUUUAUAGCUGAUUAUGGGGUACCCGUCAUGAUAGUGUUAUGGACAACAGUGUCUUAUCUUAUUCCGAGUAGACUCUCUUCUGAGGUUCCCAGGAGGCUUGAAGUUCCAUCCCCUUGGGAACCAGCCUCACAGGCCCACUGGACUGUUUUCAAGGACAUGUCAAAGGUUCCAGUUUCCUACAUUAUUGCAGCUUCUAUACCCGCAGUUAUGAUUGCUGGACUUUAUUUCUUCGAUCACAGCGUUGCAUCACAGAUGGCUCAGCAGCCCGAGUUCAAUCUAAAGAAACCGUCUGCUUACCACUAUGAUCUCUUUGUACUUGGAUUUACGACUUUAAUUUGUGGGUUGCUUGGACUCCCUCCGUGUAAUGGAGUGUUACCCCAAGCGCCUAUGCACACUAAAAGCCUUGCUGUUCUGAGGAGGCAGUUGAUGCGACAAAAAAUGAUCUCCAAAGCCAAAGAAUGCAUAGAACUGAAUGCUAGUAACUCAGAAAUUUAUCAGAAAUUGCACGAUACAUUUAUGGAGAUGGAUCCUACUCCCAAUAAAGUUGUUGUCUCGAGAGAACUUUGGGGAUUAAAAGAGGCAGUAAUGAGUCACGAUGGGUAUGUGAAGCAAUUUGAUCCUGCAAAGAACAUUGAUGCUCACUUACCUAUCAGAGUUUCUGAACAGAGAUGGAGCAAUCUGUUGCAAUCUAUACUUGUUGGCCUUGCGGUUGGAGCAAUUCCCAUAAUCAAACAAAUACCCACAUCUGUUCUUUGGGGAUACUUUGCCUUCAUGUCUCUUGACAGUCUUCCUGGUAAUCAGUUCUGGGAAAGGCUACCAUUGUUGCUCGUCACUCGAAGUCGUCGAUACAAAGUUCUGGAAGGGAACCAUGCUUCAUUUGUGGAGUCAGUGCCAUUCAAGUAUAUUAUGAUAUUUACAGUGUGCCAGUUAGUAUAUUUCUUGUUUUGCUUCGGAAUAACAUGGAUACCUAUAGUUGGGAUAUUGUUUCCAUUGCCAUUCUUCUUCCUAAUACCUAUAAGAGAAUACUUGCUUCCAAAGCUAUUUCCAUCUGAUUAUCUUCAAGAACUGGAUGCUGCUGAGUACGAGGAAGUCAUUGGUGCACCUCACGUACCAAUCCAUUCUGGAGAUAAUCGAGCCAUAUCCAUAAAAGAAUGUUUAGCGGAAUACCAGGAAAUGAUUUGCUCUCCAAGGCAUGACGUACAAGCAAGGAAACAAGAUGCAGAUCCAGAUAAUGUAUUCGAUGAUAGUGAAAGAGUCAUACAUGACGAGGAAGUAUUUGAUGUGAUGACAACUCGCAGAGGAGAGCUGAAGCAUAGAAGUAUAAGCUCUCGUAGAUUCUAUCAGGCCUGACCACAGCAUGUUAUCUAAAGGUGAUGAUUAUAGCUUUCUCACAAAGAUGCAAUCGAAGGAGCAGAAACAUACUUUUGUCGUAUAGAAAGUGCGAAGUUAGAUAUUUCAAUAACUUAUCUAAGAAUGUUUGAUGUAUGUAGUUUAUAUAGAGAUACAGCGAAAACUAUUUACUUAGCUUUCUACUACCUGUUGGCUGUUGUCAACAUUUAUUCUUGCAGAAGAAUGAGUUGAGUUGUAUGUGAAUUCUUUAGUUCAAU